AUGAACAAAUUAUUUGAAAAUAUUGGAGUCACUCAUCUUUAUUCCACAGUAUAUCAUCCACAAACUAAUGGACAAAUUGAACGAUUUAAUGCUACAAUGGAUGGAAAAAUUGCCGCAUUAUGUAAUGAACGACGUACGGACUGGGAUGAAGUAUUACAAUUUGUUACAUUUAAUUAUAAUACAUCAAUACAUGCAACAACAAAACAAACACCAUUCGAAAUGAUGCAUGGAAGACAAGUUACACUUCCAUUUGAUCAAUAA